AUGGAGAAAGGCUUCUCUCCCGUCGGACUCAGAGUUCUUGUGGUAGACGACGACCCAACCUGGCUCAAGAUUCUCGAGAAAAUGCUCAAGAAGUGUUCUUACGAAGUCACUACCUGUGGUUUAGCUAGAGAAGCUCUCAAGUUGCUUCGAGAACGCAAAGACGGUUAUGACAUCGUGAUCAGCGAUGUCAACAUGCCUGACAUGGAUGGCUUCAAGCUUCUUGAGCACGUUGGUCUUGAGUUGGACUUACCUGUCAUAAUGAUGUCGGUUGACGGUGAGACCAGCAGAGUAAUGAAAGGAGUUCAACACGGAGCUUGCGAUUACCUGUUGAAGCCGAUAAGAAUGAAGGAGCUUAAGAUCAUAUGGCAACAUGUACUGAGAAAGAAGCUUCAAGAAGUGAGAGACAUCGAAGGUUGUUAUGAAGGAUCCGGAGCUGAUUGGAUGACUCGGAACGAGGAAGUACAUUUUCUUGGAGGAGGUGAAGAUGUUUCUUUUGGUAAAAAGAGGAAAGACUUUGACUUUGAGAGGAAGCUUCUUCAGGAUGAGAGUGACCCAUCUUCUUCAAAGAAAGCAAGAGUGGUUUGGUCUUUUGAGCUUCACCAGAAGUUUGUCAACGCGGUUAACCAGAUCGGAUGCGAUCACAAAGCUGGUCCCAAGAAGAUAUUGGAUCUCAUGAAUGUUCCAUGGCUCACUAGGGAAAAUGUCGCAAGCCACCUCCAGAAAUACAGGCUUUACCUGAGCAGACUUGAGAAAGGGAAGGAGCUAAAGUGUUAUUCUGGUGGAGCAAAGAAUAUGGAUUCAUCUCUAAAAGAUGCCGAAGUGAAUUCAGGCCACCAAAGCCCUGGCAAAAGCAGCUAUGCAUUCUCUCUGCUCCAUAAAGCUACAGAGACUGAUCCAAAGGCUUCGGCUUCUGUGUCUGACCCUAACAGUGAUGUCCAUAUGCCUCCAAAUGCGAAAAAGACGCGUAUAGGGUUUGAUCCUCCUCUUUCCUCCAGUGCCUUUGACUCUCUGCUUCUGUGGAAUGAUGUUCCAGAGGCACUUGAAUCGAAGCCCCCGAUUCUGUAUGACAACAGCUUUAUCCAGCAACAACCACUGCCAAGUCAAAGUUCCUAUGUUGCAACUUCUGCACCGUCUCUCAUGGAAGAGGAAAUGAAGCCUUCUUAUGAGACCCCAGCAGGACGCACUUGUGUGAGUACGGAGUUUAUCAUGCCGCAAGACAAGAGCCCUACUGUGACCCUCCAAAAUUUGGACUUGUCCUCUCCCUCUGCCAUCUCCUGCAUGAAGCUACAGGAGUUCAGCUCAAAUGUAACCAACAACAAUACAGAGUCGAUUCUGAGAAGCUUGAACUGGGAACUUUCAGAGUCACAUCAUUCUGGUUCUUUAGACACAGACUUAGACUUGAAUUGGUUACAAGGCGAGCGUUUUCUUGCAAACACCGGACUCCUACAGUUUCACGAUUACAGUAGUAGCCCAUCACUCCUAUCUGAGCUCCCACCUCACCUAUGGUUUGGAAAUGAGAGGCUGCUCGAACCUGACGAGUAUUCCUUCAUGGUAGAUCAAGGUUUAUUCAUAUCUUGA